CAAAUUUCGUUGAUUUAAGCGUAAUCCACUAUCAAUUUCUUCAUAGGAUCGCUUAAAAGAUUACUGAUUCGCUGCGUAGAUGUCGGGUUCUCACUCUCAACUGGCUAAGAAGGCCAAGUACAAGACCACCAUCAAGGACCCCGGCACUCCCGGCAUGCUUCGAAUGACACUGGAGAAAUUCAUGUUUACACCUCAGAAUCCUAAGUCAGCUAACAAGGUUGAUAUGGAGUUCAGAUUUAUUAAAGGUCAAAAGCACACUAAGGAAGAUCCAACAAAAGAGAAACCACCUCCAGCAUUGCUUAAUCUUACUGAUAGACAGGGUGGGAGCUACAUCUUUCAGUUUGACAAUUUUUCUGAUCUCCAACAUUGCCGAGAUUUUGUGGGCAAAGUCCUUUCAAAGAGUGGAGAGGUUUCUGAAAGACCUACUGUUACAUGUGCUGAUGAACAACUCAGUACAGCAGAGAUGGAACUUCGUAUGAAGCUACUUCAGGAGGAUAGUGAGUUGCAGAAACUUCACAGGCAAUUUGUAAUAGGGGGUAUCUUGACAGAAGCUGAGUUUUGGGCAACACGGAAGAAGUUGCUAGAUAGAGAGGCCAGCAAAAAGGCAAAACAACGUGUGGGUUUCAAAAGUGCUAUGCUUUCUGACAUCAAAGGGUCAAGUGAUGGUCGGACAAACAAAGUCACAUUUAGUUUGACACCAGAGAUCAUACUUCAGAUUUUUGCCGAGAAGCCAGCUGUUCACCGAGCAUUCCUAAGUUUUGUUCCGAACAAGAUGUCAGAAAAGGAUUUCUGGACAAAAUAUUUUAAAGCAGAAGUCCUACAUAGUACAAAAAAUGCUGUUGCUGUUGCAGCAGAGGCUGCUGAAGAUGAGGAUCUUGCUGUUUUUCUCAAGAGGGAUGUUAUAUUGGAAAAUGAGGCUCGUAGGAAGAUAAGACGAGUUGAUCCAACUGUGGACAUGGAAGCGGAUGAGGGAGAUGAUUAUACACAUCUUCCGGAUCAUGGAAUUGUUCGCGAGGGUAGUAAGGAGGUAACUGAAUCACAGCAAGAGCUAUACAGAAGAAAUUUGUCUCAAGAUAUUAACAGGCACGCUGCAGUUGUUCUUGAAGGAAGAGCUGUAGAUGUGGAGUUGGAAGACACAAGGGCUAUAGCAGAGGCACUUUCCCGGUCAAAACAGGUUAAUGGAGAAUCUGAUAAAGAUUCAAACCAGGAGAAGUUGGAUAGGAUAUCAAGAAUGACUGAGAUAGAAGAUCUUCAUAACUCGCAUGAUCUUCCACUUGCUCCACUUUGCAUUAAGGAUCCUCGGGACUAUUUUGAUUCACAACAAGCUAAUGCACUUAGAAGUUCUGGAGAUCUGUUGCCUGGAAAUGAACAAAUAAAAUGCAACUUGAGCACCCAUGAAGCAUAUGGCUCUUUGAGAGAUUCCAUCUCAGCGAUCAAAAGGGGGGGCCUUAAGGAUCCUAUUGUUAAACCUGAAAUUGCUUUUCAGGUUUUUGAUGCUUUGACCCACAGUAUCUCUACUACCAAAUAUAACAUUGGGAGGAAUCCUCAGGAGAGUAUAUUGGACACAUUGCCAAAGAAAACAAAAGAGGAACUGUUGCAUCAUUGGACAUCGAUAAUAGAAUUGCUGAGGCACUUCUGGUCAUCAUACCCCCUUACCACGACUUAUCUUUAUAACAAGGUAAGCAAACUGAAGGAUGCCAUGUCACAAAUUUAUCGCCAGCUAGAGGAUAUUAAGGGCACUGUCCAGGCAGACUUUCGGCACCAGGUUUCCCUCCUUGUUCGCCCAAUGCAUCAGGUGAGAACCUUUAAUUCCUCUUUGUCUAAAGAAAAAGAUGCCAUGGUAAAGGGGUGAAUCAGCAAUAGGUCAUAUGAAUGGCUACAUGACUUGGGUCAAAACUCCAGCAGCUGCUGUUUGGACACCACCUUUGGGUUCUUAUCUGAACGUUGCACAUAAACAAGAUUUGUUCUUACAUAAAAUGACCAAAACGUAUAACAUUUUGUGUUAUGUGCUUGCAACUUAAUGCCAAAAACUCAUAUAAGUAUGAUCUGGUGCAGGCUCUAGAUGCUGCUAUUCAACAUUAUGAAUCAGACAUGCAGAAGAGAUCCGCCAAGAGUGGAGAGAGACCAAAUGGACAUACAUAGGAGGGAAUUUCAGUAUAGUGUUAUGCCUUUUACAUAUAACUGCAAAUUAAACCAAAUUUUGUUGUGAAAGGGGGAUUUUAGCUUUUUUUUCCUUGAUAUCAUAUAAAAAACAUACCAACAAACCAAAUUGGGAAAUGAUGAAUUUUUUUUUUUUCCAAAAUCAAAUAGAUAAUAUGAG